UCACGCCAGGGCCUCUCUGAGCCAGGAAAUCUGAUGGCCAGAGGGUUGUCUCCUCCUCUCUCCAGGGCAGAGACGCCGUUGAGCGAGAGAACGAAGGAGUGAAACACUCCAAGAGAGGCGGCAGCGGGUGACUGAAUGAGGCUGUUCUCUGUCCCAGCCCGAGCAUCCAACUUUUGCAAAUCUUGAAUGAUCAUGGAGAGGCCCUCAAAGAGAGCAUCUUUCCUUCUGCUCCUCUGCUGGCUGGGGGUUUCCUGCGGGGCACGUCUUCCCCACCCCCUCAUCUCUUCCAAUGCGACCAUCUUCUCCCAUGUCUACACAAUUAAGGUGGCAGGAGAAGACACGCCAAACGAGGGUGCCUCCCCACCUCCCCAAGAGGCCUUAGGUCCUCCUGGAUCUUCUCGGGGAGGGGGCCAAUAUGAGCACACCCUGGAAGGAACAGAUCAAGAGCAUGUGGUUUUCACCCAUCGCAUCAACCUCCCACAGCAAUCUUGUGCGUGUCCCCCUGGCACCGAAGAUACCCGGGAACUUUGGAGAAGGCUGCAGGCCCUGGAGAAUGAAGUUCGGGUCCUACAGGAAACGUGCCAAGCUGGGGGAGGCUGUUGCCCUGCUGCGCCCACCAGUAGUCAAGCCAGCGAAGGCCAAACAGACAUUCGCACGUUAUGUUCGCACCACGGAUCCUUCGACCUCUCUCGUUGCCUGUGCGAAUGUGAGUCGGGUUGGGGCGGUCCCACCUGCGCCGAGCCGGUCUGCUCCGAAGGCUGCGGUGGCCCAGAGCGAGGCAGAUGCGUCAACGGGCGCUGUCAAUGCCAGCCUGGCUACUCUGGGGUCAGCUGCGAAGAGCCACCCUCUUGCCCCGAUGACUGCAAUGACCAAGGGCGCUGUGUGGAUGGCCGCUGCACCUGCUUCCCAGGAUAUGUGGGGCCCUCCUGCUCCGACCCCAUUUGUCCCCAGAACUGCCAUGGACACGGGCAAUGCAUCUCAGGACGGUGCGUGUGCAACCCAGGAUACAGCGGGGCGGAUUGUGCAACCCGAGCUUGCCCUAGCAACUGCAACAGGCGCGGAGAAUGUCGCAAUGGACGCUGCGUGUGCGAGCCAGGCUUCAUCGGGCCGGCCUGCGGCACCAAGACAUGCCCCAACGAUUGUAACCACAGAGGCCACUGUCUGCAGGGAGGGGUGUGUUCCUGCCACCCAGACUACACCGGUCCCGACUGCGGUCAGCUGGCAUGUCCGGAGCAUUGUAGUGGCCACGGAGAAUGUCAGAAUGGAACAUGCGUGUGCAAUAGUGGCUAUUCGGGCGAUGACUGUUUAAUAGAGAUUCCAUCCAUUGGCGUCCGUGUUUCAAAUCGAGACGAAACUUCUUUCCGCCUGGAGUGGAACUACCCCGAAAUUUCUGUGGACGGAUAUGAGAUCCAUGUGGCACCCACGAAGGAUCCUCGGGCGGGCGAAUCCAUUCACCUAUCUGGCACCCAAAGGAUCUUUGAAUACAAAGGAUUAAAGCCGGGGGAGGAAUACACAUUCACCGUUCGGGUAGACAAAGGGCGACACUACGGACCCCCUGUCACCCAGACCGUGCGUACGCGAGUGGCUCCUCCCACUGGCCUGCAGUCAUCACAAGUAUCCGAAAACUCCCUGACUUUGCAGUGGGAACCACCUACCUCUCGCCCUGAUGGCUACAUCCUCAGCUACGUCCCUCUGGUUCCCACUCGACCUGUUCAAGCCAUGAAACGUGUCGAGCUGCCCGCAGCCCCUGAGCGUGUCACCCUGGAAGACCUGGAGAGCAGAACGCGAUAUCGCAUCACCUUGGUUGCCCGUCAGAGUGGUGAGAACAGCCGAGCCACCAGCAUUGUUGUCAGCACCACAGCACCUGCUCCAAUUCAACCAAGUCGCAACUACUUGACACCGCCGCCUUCUUCCCAUAAAAAGCCAGGCGGUCCCUCUUCUGAGCCCGGAGAGAAGAAACCAGGCGCUAAACCACAUCCGGGUCGCCGCCCCACCAACACCACCUUAUUGACCAAGGAGCACUUCCUGAAGAGAAUGACCCAGAAUAUCUCAUCCAAACUGUCCCCAUACAAUGGGACCCUCCUUGAGCGGCUCGAGAGCUACCUCCGGGCCAUCAAUUUUCCUCUCCGAGGCAACCAGACAAUCCAGAGCGUGGCCAAGGACAUCUAUCUCUACCUCAAACGGAUGAAGCCCAUCGAAUUUCAAGAGAGGGUUGAAGAACGUCUUGUCCAAGAAACCAGCAACUUGCCUCUGAAAAGGGAAUUCCCAAUAACUGAAGCAGAGAGCGUCUACGCAGAUGGAUACCUCCGUCCAGACCAUGCCAAGCCAACGGUGGUGACCAGCGCCCCAGACCACAUUGAGGUGUCUUUGGACAGCGUGAGGGGCAUCUCUGACCAUGUGGUCAUCCGCUACCGAAACAUGGUGACCGGAGAAAGAAAGGAGUUAGUGGUCCCUGGGGAUGCUUCCACGGCGACCAUCACUGGACUGUCACCUGGGACCACCUACUUGAUGGAAAUUCAUGGUGUCAUGAAAGGACAUUCCUCUAAGUCAUACUCCUUUAUAACUGCCACAGCUCCAAGUUCACCAACAAAUGACAAGAUCCAAACCAUCGUCUCACCCACCUCAACCCCCGAAGCUCCACUGAAGAACCUACAAGUGACCGAAGUCUCUCCAAACCAGCUGCGUGUGACAUGGUCAGCCCCGCCCGAUUUCUUCCACAGGUUUUCCCUCUACUAUAGGGACCCCAAAUCUGGGGCGCCUCCCCAAAAAAUCAGCGUUCCAGGGACAGAGAGAAGUGUCGACUUAAUGGAUUUGCACCCUGGUAUGGAGUACGAAAUCGAGCUGCACGGAGAGAGACCUGGUGGAAGCUACAGCGCCCCCUUCUCGACAAAAAUCAUUACAGCUCCAAGUUCACCAACAAAUGACAAGAUCCAAACCAUCGUCUCACCCACCUCAACCCCCGAAGCUCCACUGAAGAACCUACAAGUGACCGAAGUCUCUCCAAACCAGCUGCGUGUGACAUGGUCAGCCCCGCCCGAUUUCUUCCACAGGUUUUCCCUCUACUAUAGGGACCCCAAAUCUGGGGCGCCUCCCCAAAAAAUCAGCGUUCCAGGGACAGAGAGAAGUGUCGACUUAAUGGAUUUGCACCCUGGUACGGAGUACGAAAUCGAGCUGCACGGAGAGAGACCUGGUGGAAGCUACAGCGCCCCCUUCUCGACAAAAAUCAUUACAGAAGCAGAACCGGCAGAGCCCAGGCCGGGAGAUUUCUCUCUUCUAGAAGUCACAGACACUUCAGUUCACCUUUCUUGGGGUGACCCCACUGGGCCUUUUGACUCCUUUGUGAUCCAAUAUAAAGAUGCCCAGGGGAAGCCCAAGCUGCUUAAAUUGGACAAGAAUGCUCGAGAAGCCACGAUUUCCAACUUGGUGCUUUCCCGAAAAUACAAAUUCAACCUUUAUGUUCUCCGAGGCCGUAAGCCCUUCGGCCCUGCGUCUUUGGAAGUCGUCCCAGGCCCUGGUAGCACAGGAAAAAGUCCUGCCCCUUUUAAAGACAUUUCUGCCACUGUCACCAGCAAUUCUGCCCACUUGUCCUGGACGGUCUCCUCUGGGAACUUUGAUUCCUUUUUAAUCCAAUAUAAGGAUGCUGAGGGCAGACUCCAAGAGCUGUUCACUGAGGGAGAUUCCCAUGAAAUCACUAUCCCCAACCUGACUCCUUCCCACAGAUACACAAUAGAUCUCUAUGGCAUCUCCAACCAGGGACGUCUGGGUCCUGCUUCUAUAAAUUUCAUCACAGGAUCACAGGAGGAUGUGUCCGUUCACAAAAUGGUCCUCAGGGAUCUGGCUGUAUCAGAGGUGACCAGCAACUCUGCCCAUCUUACAUGGAAAGUCCCUUCAGGAAGAUUUGAUUCCUUUUUGCUCCAGUAUCAAGACUUAGAAGGCAACAAUCAAACUUUGCAUAUGGAUGGAGAUUCCCGCGAAGUCAUUAUUCCCAAUUUGGUUCCCUCCGAAAGAUACAGAUUCAACCUCUACGGCAUUUUGGGGACACAGCGCCUUGGACCUCUCUUUGCAGAUGCUAUGACAGCUGCAGUUCAGGAACCAAAAAAGAAGAAACCAGAUGAGACCAUAGUGAUUAAGCCCAGCCUGGGGGAGUUCUCGGUCCUGGAUGUCACAAGCGAUACUGUCCGUCUUUAUUGGACCGUCCCCACUGGAAGCUUUGACUCCUUCCUGAUCCAGUUCAAGGAUGCAGACGGCCAACCUCAAGCCCUGCCUGUGGAGGGAGACUCCCGUGAAGUCACCGUGACCAACCUGGCUCCUUCUCGCAGAUACAAGUUCAACCUCUAUGGAGUCUCCGGGCGCAAGCGGUCCAGCCCGCUUUCCACCGAUGCCACCACAGCCCACAUUAGAGACUCAGGGGAGCCAAUUCCUGUCCAACCCAGCCUAGGAGAGUUCUCAGUCCUUGAUGUUAUGAGUGAUUCUGUCCGACUCCAUUGGACUGUCCCCACUGGGAGCUUUGACUCCUUCCUGAUCCAAUACAAGGAUGCAGAUGGCCAACCCCAAGCGUUGCCCGUAGAUGGAGGCUCUCAAGAAGUCACGGUGACCAACCUGGCUCCUUCUCAUAGAUACAAGUUCAACCUCUAUGGAGUCUCUGGACGCAAGCGCUCCGGGCCCCUCUCCACUGAUGCCACCACAGCUCAAACCACAGACUCAGAAGCGGCCAUUCCUGUCCAACCAACCUUGGGGGAGUUAUCUGUUCUGGACAUCACUAGCAAUUCUGUUCAUCUUUAUUGGACCGUCCCCACUGGGACCUUUGACUCUUUCCUGGUCCAGUACAAGGAUGCAAAUGGCCAACCCCAGGUGUUGCCUGUGGAUGGAGGCUCCCGUGAAGUCACCGUGACCAACCUGGCCCCUUCCCACAAAUACAAGUUCCUUCUUUAUGGGGUAUCUGGACAGCAGAAGACCAGAUUCCUCUCUGCUGAUGCCGUUACAGACCCACCUUCGGAUGCAGAGGAACCAAUUCCUGUCCAACCUACCCUAGGGGAGCUCUCUGUCCUUGAUGUCACAAACAAUUCUGUCCGUCUCCGUUGGACCAUCCCCACUGGGAGCUUUGAUUCCUUCCUAAUCCAGUACAAGGAUGCAGCUGGCCAACCCCAAGAGUUGCCUGUGGAGGGUGACUCCACUGAAGUCACAGUGACCAACCUGGUUCCUUCCCACAGAUACAAGUUCAACCUCUAUGGAAUUUACAGGGACAAACACACCAGCCCGCUCUCCAUUGAUGCUACCACUGGGUCCAGGGAAGCAGUUCCCAUCCAACCCAGCCUAGGGGAGCUCUCGGUCCUAGACGUCACAACUGAUUCUGCCCAUCUCCAAUGGACCGUCCCCACUGGGAGCUUUGACUCCUUCCUGGUCCAGUACAAGGAUGCAGAUGGCCAACCUCAAGCGUUACCUGUGGAGGGAGACUCCCUUGAAGUCACAGUGACCAACCUGGUUCCUUCUCACAAAUACAAAUUCAACCUCUACGGAGUCUCUGGGCGCAAACGCUCCAGGCCCCUGUCCAUCAAUGCCACCACAGCCCCGUUAGGCACGACACCACUGGUUCAGCCCAGCUUGGGAGAGCUUUCUGUUUCCAACAUUACCCACAAUUCUGCAGUUCUCUCGUGGACAGUCCACUCUGGGAGUUUUGACUCUUUUAUGAUCCAAUACAAGGACAUGCAUGGCAAGCCCCAAGCUGUCCCCGUGGAAGGGAACACUUACCAAGUCGUCCUCCCCAACCUGACUCCCGCCCGCAGAUAUAAGUUUAAUCUCUAUGGAGUCUCUGGUCGUAAGCGUUUUGGACCCGUUUCUGUCGAUGCCAACACAGCAACACCCGAUCCACAGGACCCCGUGAUUCCUCCCAGCCUAGGGGAGCUCUCUGCUUCAGAGAUCACUAGCAAUUCUGUCCAUCUGUUCUGGACUGUCCCCACGGGGCGCUUUGACUCUUUCGCAAUUCAGUACAAGGACGCUGAGGGCCAGCCCCAGGCGAUUCCAGUGGAAGGAGAUUUGCGUGAGAUCACCAUCCCCCAUCUGGUUCCAUCUCGCAAAUACAAGUUCAACCUUUAUGGACUUUCUGGUCGCAAGCGCAUGGGCCCCGUUUCUCUUGAUGCCAUCACAGCAUCUACCACAAAGAAAGAAGCUACACCAAAGCCUUCUUUAGGAGAACUCUCCAUCUCUGAGGCCACCAGCAACUCUGUUCUUCUCUCUUGGACCAUCUCCACGGGGAGCUUUGACUCCUUCCUGCUCCAAUAUAAAGAUGAGGAGGGCAGAACCCAAACACUGACUGUGGAGGGAGAUUCACACGAAGUCACCGUUUUGAAUCUGGCUCCAUCCCACAAGUACAAGUUCAACCUUUAUGGAAUUUUUGGUCAAAAACGUAUUGGUCCUAUUUCUUCUGAAGCUACCACAGCUGAACUAGAGGAGGAGGAGGAAGAAAAAGAGGACAAAGAUGGGGAGAAUCAACCUAGCUUGGGAGAACUCUCCAUCUCCGAAACCACCAGCAAUUCUCUCCUCCUUUCUUGGAGUGUCCCAACUGGGAGCUUCGACUCCUUCCUGAUUCAAUAUGAAGAUGGCGCUCUGCAGAGCUUGCCUGUGGAUGGGGCUUCCCGUGGAGCGAUGGUCUCCAACCUGACUCCAUCUCACAGUUACCAGUUCGACCUCUACGGCAUCUCUGGUGGCAAACGCCUGGGCCCCAUUUCUGCCAAGGCCUUAACAGCUCCGCGAUCUCCAAGUCAGGACCCAGAGGAGAGUGGAUCUCCAGGCCCAUCUCCAAAUCCCAGUUUUGGGCAGCUCUUUGCGUCUGAUGUCACUAGCAACUCUGCACGCCUCUCUUGGAACGUCCCCGCUGAGACCUUUGACUCCUUCCAGAUCCAAUACAAAGAUGCGGAAAACAAACCACAAAUGGUUCCUGUGGAGAAGGAAACCAGCACCAUUGUCAUCUAUUCUCUAGUACCUUCCCAUAAGUACAAGUUUAAUCUGUAUGGCACCUCCGGACGCAGACGCUUUGGACCAAUCACUGCCAGUACCGUCACUGCACCAGUGGACCAAGAGAAGCCAUCAGUGGUGGACCAGGAGGUCUCUGCUGGAAUAAGCCCCCGCUUGGGCGUGCUCUCAGUCCCAGAGGUCACCAGUCAUUCAGCCCAGUUAUCAUGGACUGUCCCCGAGGGAAGCUUCGAUUCUUUCUCAGUCCAGUACAAAGACGCUGAAGGAAGACCCCAAGCGCUUCCUUUAAGAGGAGAUUUCCGUGAUGUCAUCGUUUCCAACCUAUCCCCUUCUCACAAGUACAAGUUCAAUCUUUAUGGUAUCUUUGGAAAACAGCGUCUUGGACCAAUCUCUGCCCAAGUGAUCACAACAGCUGCCGAAACAUCUGGGCAAGUUGAAGAAAAGAAACAACCAGAGGAAAGUACAGGGAGGAGCAACCAACCGAGGCUUGGAGAUGUCACUGUCUCUGAGGUCACCCCUGAUUCCCUUCUCCUUUCCUGGACCGUCCGGGAAGGAAGCUUUGACUCCUUCAUUGUCCAGUACAAGGAUGCUGCAGGCAAUCCUCAGUCGGUAUCUGUUGACGGAGCCAUGCGUUCCCUCCAUCUCUACAACCUCACCCCUUCACAGACGUACGAAUUUGACAUAUUUGGAGUUUCUGGCUACAGGCAUCUUGGGCCUCACUCAGUUCACACCGUAACAGAGAUAUCUGAAGGAGGGAGGACCGUUCAGCCCCAGUUAGGAGAUCUCACUGUCUCUCGGGUCACUAACGACUCCGUGGCUCUGUUCUGGACCGUGGCUGCUGGGAAUUUUGAUUCUUUCUUGCUCCAGUACAAGGACUCUGAGGGCAAGCCCCAAGUCCUGCCCCUAAAUGGCACUUCAAGGGACAUCACCGUCACCAACCUGGCUCCUUCUCACAGAUACAAGUUUAACCUGUACGGCCUGAAUGGGCGCAAACGCCUUGGUCCCGUUUCUACCAACGCCGUCACAGGCCAAGGCACCCAACCGCUUAAGCUGGGAACCUUGUCAGCUCAUAACAUCACGUCAGAAUCCCUUCUUCUGUCCUGGGUUGUGGAAUCUGGGAAUUUCGACUCUUUCAUUAUCCAGUACCGGGACGCCGCAGGCAAAUCCCAUGCAUUGCCUGUAGAUGGAGGUUUGCGAUUGCUGCGCUUCCACGACUUGGUCCCUUCACACCGAUACAAGUUCAACCUUUAUGGGGUCUCUCGUCGCAAGCGUCUCGGCCCCAUAUCUGUGGAGGCUGUUACAGUCCCCAAACCUUCAGGGCUGCAAGUUGCUCCUCAACCCAAGCUGGGGAAACUGUCCGCUUUCGACGUCUCUGACACAACUCUCCGCCUGACCUGGCGGGUCUUGACUGGAAAAUUUGAAUCCUUCAGCAUUGAGUACAGAGAUGCAGAGGGCAACCCUCAGGUGCUGCCUAUAGACACCAAAGCCCGGGAUGUGGUGAUUUCCAGCUUGGUGCCUUCCCACAGAUAUAAGUUCAACCUCUACGGCAUCUCUCAACAGAAACGAUUCGGUCCCAUCUCUACUGACGUCGUCACAGCUCAAGGCAAGGACUCGGAGGCAAAACCCAAACUGGGCGAUCUCUCCAUCUCCGAAGUCACCAAUGACUCUGUCCGCCUUUCGUGGACGAUCUCGUCUGGGAAAUUCAACUCUUUUCUCAUCCAAUACAAAGACGCCCGAGGGAACCCUCAAAUCGUCCCUGUUGGUGCGGACUCCCAGACAGUUUUCAUCUCUAACUUAAUACCUUCCCACAAAUACAAGUUCAGCCUCUACGGUCUCUCUGGGAAGAAACAGUUUGGACCAGUCUCCAUUGAUGCUGUCACUGCAGCUUUCUCAGAAAGCACCAGCACUCCAGCUCCCUUGCUCGAUCAUCUUGUGGUCUCUGAAGUGACUUCCACGACUCUGCAGCUCGGCUGGGAUGUCCCGGAGGGGGAAUUUGACUCCUUCCUUGUGAGAUGGAAGGACAGUUUGAGAAGCAGCCAAACACCUGUCCCAGCCAAAGAAGUUAAAGUGCCUGGGGACGAGCGUUCCGUCACCCUCCAGGGACUCACACCCAGUACUGAAUACAGCCUUACGGUCUAUGGCAUCAAGGAUGAGUCAGAAGUGGCCGAUAUCAAUACUGGAGCAAGGACAAGCGGGCUAGAGCUGGAUGGUCCCCAGGACUUGCGGUUCAGUGACAUUCAUGAGACCUCUGUGGUAGCCAACUGGAGACCCCCAUCCUCUCGCAUCGAUAGCUACAAAGUUUCUUUCCAGCCUUCAGAUGGCGGAGAGCCCAAAAGCAUUCUAGUGGAUGGAUCUGAACUCAGGACAAUCAUUGAGGGUCUGACUCCUGGGGCCAGCUAUGAAGUCGCUGUAAUGUCUAUCCGUGGGUUUGAAGAGAGUGAGCCAUUGGUGGGCUACAUCACCACAGUGCCAGACGGUCCUUCCAAUUUGCGGGCUGUCAAUGUAACCGAUACCUCUGCCGUGCUGAUGUGGCACCCUGCUGUGGCUGAGAUGAACAAUUACAUCGUCACGUACGGACCUAUCACCAGCACCGGCUCACAGGUCUCCGAAUCGGUUCCAGGAAAUCGUGUCCAGCUUCAGCUGUCAGAGCUGCAAAGGGACAUGGAAUAUUGGGCCAAUGUCUAUGGGGAAAAAGAAGGAAACCGAAGUUCUCCCAUCAGCGCUACUUUCACCACCGGAGCGGAUGGGCCCCGGGACCUGCAUGCUAUGGAAAUUUCCCCCCGCAGUGUGCGUCUCACCUGGUCACCCCCUGGUGCCCCAUCUGAGGGAUAUCUGUUGAGUUAUGAGACCCCCGAUGGACAAUCAAAGGAGAUCCCUCUGGAUGCUUCCGUCACCUCGUAUGAACUUCAAGAUCUGAUUCCUUCAAGCCGGUAUCAGGUCCAAGUCCAGGCAGUGAGGAGAGGAACACCAACAGCUCCCGUCUCCACGUCCUUCACCACUGGGCACUUGACAUACCCCUUCCCUCGGGACUGUUCGGAAGAAAUCCAGAAUGGGCCAGGAGCUUCACGAGUAACAACAAUUUAUCUAGGGGGCAACCGGGAACGUCCCUUGAAGGUGUUCUGUGAUAUGGAGACCGAUGGGGGAGGCUGGAUUGUCUUUCAACGUCGGAUGAAUGGUGAGACAGAUUUCUGGCGGGACUGGCAAAAUUAUGCUCUUGGCUUUGGCAACCUCACCCGGGAAUUUUGGCUAGGAAACAAUGCUCUGCACCAGCUGACCUCUUCGGGGGACUACGAACUACGUGUGGAUCUCCGUGCUGGGGAUGAGUCUGUCUAUGCUACCUAUCAGAACUUCCGCGUGGACCCUCCGGCUGACCAUUAUCGCCUGCAUCUGGGCAAUUACAAUGGCACAGCUGGCGAUGCCUUAAGCUACCACUCAGGGAGUGUUUUCUCCACUCGGGACCGGGAUCCGAAUCGGGUCAUCAUCCCCUGUGCCAUCUCUUACCGUGGGGCAUGGUGGUAUCGCAACUGCCACUACACCAACCUCAAUGGGCUCUAUGCUAACAACCGUGAUCACCAGGGCGUCAACUGGUUUAACUGGAAAGGAUUCGAGUUUUCCAUUCCUUUCACCGAGAUGAAACUGCGGCCCAGCAGCUUCCACCCAUUGCAGCGGUCCUGAGUGGGACGCAGGAUGGACUAAAGGAGGCAAAGCAACAACCCCUUUUGCAACAGGAUACCUCACAUCCGGCCUUUGUUCUGCUUUUCUGGCCCAUCCUGGGGAAAAAAAGAGGAAUGCAUCAAAACCAAAAGGGGAAAAAAAAAACUUUGGAGACUUGAAAAGACCCACCGCAGUCAAAAGAAAGAGAGAGCUCAAAAAUAGAGUUUGAGAGGAUAAAAGGAAUUAAUCUGAACAUGGUUAGUCCUCAAUUUACAACUACAAUUGGGAGCAGGAUUUUUAUUACUAAACAAGGUGAUUGUUGAGUCCCGGCCAAUUUUCAUCACGGUUGUUAAGUGAGUCAGGGUAGCUGCAAAGCCAAUUGUGUGGUCAUUAAGCAAAUCUCCAUGGACUCUGCUUGUCAGAAAGCCACAAAUGGGGAUCUGGUGACCCUGCAGCCGUCAUAAACACAACCCGGUUGAGUCAAGCUCCCAAAUUUUGAUCCCACGAUCAUAGCACGAGGACUGGCUGUCAAUCAUUUUUUUCAAUGCGGUUGUCCUUUUGAAUGGUUACUAAAUUAAUGGUUGUAAGUUGAGGACUAUCUGUGAUUUUUAUUUUUAUUUUUUGUAAAGGAGAGCUUUCAAGAGAGCCAAGAAAUCAGAUCGGCUGGCAAAAUGUCAGCCACCAAAAACCCGGUUCCCUUCCCUUCUCUUAGUUCUGUUUCUGGGAAUCAAUGACUUUGCAGCGGUGAAGUCCUGAUUCUGACCCAAAAUCUCUCCGUCUUGACUCCUUUUGCUUCUCAGCAGCUCACCUGCUAAUGACUUUUCCCUUCCCUCUCCAGCCUCAUUCCCAACCCAGGCUCCAUUUUCCUCCUCCUGCAGAUGCCAUUCAAAAUGGAGUUAAAAUCAUAAGUAUGUUGGUGAACGCAGUUUGACAUAAAAGCACUUUUAAUGUUGGUUUGAUUUUUUUUUUCAUUCCUUUUGUCCCCUGGGGAAACCUUGUGAACUCAAACAACAGAUUGUUCUCCCAUCCGUAACCUUUUUUGCGUCUCGCUCUGCAGACUUUUCCACCUACAGGUAAAUGAUUAGUACUGAAAGGCAGAGGUGUGAACCAAACUGAAAACAAAAUUGCAGAGUGGAAAAAGAACUGGAGAAAAUUGGAAAGACCUCUGAUUUAUUAUUGUCCUCACAAUAAUAAUAAUACCCUGAAAAAUCAACAGGCCAGUUUCUAAAUUUUAUUGCUUGCUCUCAUUUCUUUAUACGAGGUUGCAAGGAGCAAACUGGGAUUAAUUCUCACUUAAAAGCUGAGUUUAUGAUUAUAUAAACAUUUUCAAGAAAUUCCGGCACAUAGAAACGUAGCAUUUCACAGAUGGUGAGGGUAAAUUCUUUUUUCCUUGCUCUAAAUUUUCUCUAAGAGUAAAGGAUUUGUUUUAAAAGUUUGACCCAAAUCCAAAUAGACACUUUCAGGGGGGGAAAAAAAGCAAUUUCCUGACUCUUAGCAGUACAUAAAACCUUCUGAUUGGGCUCUUUAUAGGGGAAUAAUUGUAUUUUUGCAACUUUAUGAUUUAUAACUUUAUAAUUGUAAGGUAUAUACAAUUGUGAGUUAUAAAGAUAUUUGGUAUUGCAGUGGUUCUUAAACUGGGGACAGUUACCCCUAAGCUGAUACUUUGGGCAUAUUCCUGGGGUUAAUGAAAUAAUAGCAUAUGUAGAUUCGGUUUGAGAGUUGUGGAUCCAGUUUGGGACUGCUACUGGCGAGGCACUUGUGUAAAACAACAGUCAGGUCUUUUGUGGGGACAAUGACAUUAUUCAAUAAUAAUAAGUGUCAUUUGGACCAAACAUUUUAAGAACCACUGUUCUUUUCCUAACCUGAUGCCUUGUGGGUUGGACUAAAUCAGGGGUUAAAUCCAGCAGGUUCUGACAGGUUCUGGAGAACUGGUAGCGGAAAUUUUUAGCAGUUCGGAGAACCGGUAGCAGAAAUUUUGAGUAGUUUGGAGAACCGAAUACCAACUCUGGCUGGCCCCAGAGUGGGGAGGGAAUGGAGAUUUUGCAGUAUCCUUCCCCUGCCACGCCCACCAAGCCACACCCAUGCCCACCAAACCACGCUCACAGAACCGGUAGUAAAAAAAAUUGGAUUUCACCACUGGAAAUUUCAUCCAUCUAGAAUUAAGAGAAAUAUGGGCGAUACAACUGGAGCUGGAGAAAAACUGAGGUGAAUGUCAGGAUUAGCCAGAAUAUUCCGGCUACAAUCAAAGAGAGGCAAAUGCAGUCCAGAUGUGGGAAUGACUUCCCAAUUUGAUCUUCUAAACAUUUUGUCUAUUUCUUGAACCUCUUUAGUGAACGAGACAGACUUCCUCGGAAAGGUUAAAAGAGCUCAUCAGGAGCAUACUUUUUAAUGAUUAAUUUGCUAAUAAACUAGUACAAACAACAGACUUCAAAGGCCAGAAGUCCCAGAUUUGUUUAAAAAUCAAAUGCCAAAAGUCCUGAUUGUACUGAUAGAAGAGAAUGUUUGUAGUUCAGGAUUGAACUGUGGGGUCCUUGGUGCUUUCUGAGCUUGGUUGUUUCCUUGCAGCGGUUUCAUGACCAAAUUAGGUAACAUCAACUAGCAUUGAUUACUUAGUUUAGAUUACCUAGUUUAGAUUACCUAGUAGAUUACCUAAUGAAACAUCUGCAAGAAAACAACCAAGCUCAAAGAGCACCAAGGACCCCAGAGUCCUGAUUGUACCCAGUGCUAGGAUUAUAACUUGCAAAGUGGGACAGCGGGAGAUGCUAAUAAAAUCCUAAUUUCCUGGUUUUUCCCUUUCUCAAAUACCGUAGUUUUAGCUAAUCAGGCUUCCCCGCAGUCUUCCCAAACUACCAAUUACAUCAUCGAGUGUUCUUUUUGUUCGCUGGAAAUGUGGAAAUGUUACGGUUGGUACCAUAACCAGAUGGGAUUUGGCAUUCUUAUCCACUUAUCUCAAGUCCUAUCACAGAUGUUUGGGAAGGAGUCAAUAGGUGGAUUAAAAAGCCAGAUCGAGUCUAAACAUCGGGAUGACUGUGCAACCAACCACAAUUCCACUGCCAUCCGCUCACAAAGCACAAUUGCUCCAAGACAGAAAUGCAAGCCUGGCUCCAGGACAAGAAAACUUGGAGAGGAGACCAUGGGAUCUGAAGGGAGAGUUUGACCUGUGACUCAAGCAAGACCUUUAAUCUGUCCAUCGUCCUCCACAAGCCCAGCUUUACAUGGCUCAUCCAGCACCUUUUUGGGCUAACAUUUGUGACUUGGGCAAAUGUUUUUGUUUGAACUCGGUAAAGAUGAGGCAAGCAGAUUUGUCGAUUUGGUUCAACACAGUGUGGGAGUGAAGUUGUGCGCCUCUGGGACUGUGAUACUCUUCAGGACAAGUCACUUGCUAUUAGAAGAAGGUGGAAAAGUUCACAAGAAGGUUUUUUUCUUCUUCUUCUUACGGGACAUUAAGGGAACCUUGAAGGGAACGUCUUUUACAACUUGAGGCAGGGCAGGAAAUUUGCACAAAUUGGGUGGGAGGGAAAGGCAAGCUGUAAAGUAUUGUUUCUUUAUGGGGGGGAUUUGAAAUAAAACGCUUCUAAAAAAAAGAAGUGCUUGGGAAAAAGAUUAUUUUUAGAUCAUGGGGAAAAUAUGUUUAAAAUAAAACUCGAAUAUUAAAAAAGAAA